GUCAGUUUCAGCUUUUCGCAGUGUCACAGGCUGAACUGAUUAUACUCUGAUAACUUUUGGUUUCUGGUCCAAAGCGGCUCCCGGUUCUGUUGACACGGGACCGAACGGCUCGGAGUUCGGGCUCGGAACCGCGUCCAUCACGGCCCGCCGGGUUACCGGAGCGUGAAGCGGCUCCCCGCAGGCCUCGCCGUUCACCGAGCGGGCAUCGGCGCUCGCGCCGCUGUUGGGCGGGUCCAGGUCGGCCACGGCGGCGGCAUGGAGCCGGGGCGCCGCUAGCUUGGUGCUGGUUCCGGGAGAUGAGAAGAACCGUUUCCUCCGAGCCGUUUCCGGUCCAGGAGGUCGGUUGUCAGGAUGAACGGAACUGAGCAGAAUGAUGCCAAGAGACAGAACCUCCUGGAGAGGCUGCUGGACGCCGUCAAACAGUGCCAAAUCCGCUUUGGAGGAAGAAAAGAGAUCGCCACGGACUCAGACAGCAGGGUGAUCUGCCUGUGCGCUCAGUUGGAGGCGGUGCUGCAGCACGGCCUGAGGAAGAGCAAAGGCCUGGCGCUGACCGCUGCAGCGCUGAAGCAGGCUGCCGGCUUCAGCAGCAAGACGGAAGCAGAGCUGACCUUCUGGCUGAACGUGAAGGAGCAGCUGAACCGCCAUGAGCUGCAGCGGUUCUACUCGCUGCGCCACAUCUCGUCCGAACUGGGCCGGGGCCGGGCCUGGCUGCGCUGCGCCCUGAACGAGCAUUCGCUGGAGCGCUACCUGCACACGCUGCUGGCUGACCGCCCGCGGCUGAGAACCUUCUAUGAAGACUGGGCUUUUGUUCUGGACGAGGAGAGAGCAAGUAUGCUGCCAACCAUGGCAGCAGGUUUGAACUCUAUCCUGUUUGCCAUCAACAUCGAUAACAGCGACCUGAACGGCGGCGCGCCGCGCGGCGGCGGCGGCCCGUCCGUCUCCAGCCUGCUGAAGGAAUCCACGCAGGGCAUCGGCUCCCUGCUGAAGGAAUCCACGCAGGGCGUCAGCUCCCUGCUGCGGGAGAUCAGCACCGCCCCGAAGCCCGACGCCGCCUCCGACCCGCUGCCCGUCAUGCCCCGCAGCGCCUCCGCUGACUCGGGGCUGAGGAAGGAGCGACGGCGGAGGAAGAAAAUCACCAACAUCAUUUCCUUCGACGACGACCUGGACGGCGGCGCCGAGGACGAGGAGGACGGCGAGGCGAAGGCGAGUCGCCGUGGCGCUCCGGCUCAGAGCAGCGUGGAGGAAGGCAUCGACCCGCUGGAGCCGUCGUCGGCCGGGUCUCCGGCCCACAACGGCGUCCCAGAGCCGGGGGACGCGGGCUGGGUCGGGUCGCCGCGGCCCGGCCGCACGGCGCCCCCUGCUGGCCCACCGCUCCCCGACAGCCAGAGCGCAGAGAACGAGGAGGAGGAGGACGAGGAGGAGACGAGGAAACCCCCAACUGAAAUCCAGGACAGACUGACUUCUGACCAGCUGGUGGUGGGCAGCCUGUCCAGUGUUUCCACCUGGAGUCCGGUCCAAACCGUGACCGACCAGCCCAGCGCCGACAUCCUGAUUCCUGUGAACCCAGCGGACCCUGAUCCAGUGAGUUCUGUGGAAGAGGCGGCCGGGUUUCCCGCCCCGUGCCGCUCCACCGGGUCGGCGGAGAACUGUGAGGCCAGCAGAACCCAGCUCGCCUUCAGCAUGGAGUCCAGUCCGCCGGUCCGGUCCGGUUCGCUGUCCGCUGGGCUGCCGGACUCCAUGACGGUCGUGGAGCUGCGUCAGGCCAUCGUAGCCAUGAUGAACAGGAAGGACGAGCUGGUGGAGGAGAACAGGUCGCUGCGCAGCCUGCUGGACGGCGAGAUGGAGCACUCGGCCGGCCUGAGGCAGGAAACCGAGCUGCUCAAGAAGCUGGCGGAGCUGGAGGAGAGGCACGGGGCCAAGGUCCAGGCGCUGGCCAGGGAGAACGAAGUCCUGAAGGUCCAGCUGAAGAAGUAUGUCGGCGCCGUUCAGAUGCUCAAGAGAGAAGGGAGCCAAGGCAGUGACGGUCUGUCCGUCCUGCGCUCCAGCGAAGAGCAGCUCCCCCCGCUGCAGAGCAAAUGCAUCGGGGACAUCGAGGAGCUCGCCGCCAGCUACGAGCGAAAGCUCAUAGAGGUGGCAGAGAUGCACGGCGAGCUGAUCGAGUUUAACGAGCGCCUGUACCGCUCGCUCAUGGCCAAGGACCACCUGAUCGUCCAGAUGAGGCAGGAGCUGAUCGACCUCAGAGGGCCGGUCCCAGGAGAUUUAAGCCAGACGUCAGAUGAUCGCCUGUCGGAUUUUGAGACGGCUCAUCGGGCUCUCGUCAACGUGUGGAUCCCCUCCGUGUUCCUGCAGGGCAGAGCUGCCAACGCCUACCACGUCUACCAAGUUUACAUCCGCAUCCUGGACAACGAGUGGAACGUCUACAGACGCUACACCGAGUUCAGAGAGCUGCACAACCAGCUGAGGUCCCAGUUCCCACAGGUGGACACCUUCAGCUUUCCACCCAAGAAAGCCAUUGGAAACAAGGAUGCUAAGUUCGUGGAGGAGCGGAGGAAGCAGCUGCAGGGCUACCUGCGCACGGUGAUGAACAAGCUGAUCCAGGCGCUGCCAGAGUUCACCGCCCGGCCCACCAAAGAGACGCUGCUGGCUCUGCUGCCGUUCUGCCAAGACGCCACCCAGGGGAACGAAGGCGGCUCCAAGACGCCCCGGUCCAGAACCUCGUCCCGGUUCCCCCGACUGGGCCGCAGCCGCACGCAGGACGCCCGGCCCGAGCCGCAGAGCGGCGACCUUUGACCCCGGCAAGGCACAGACUCUGAGGACGUUCAGGGACGGCUGCGGAGAUUUAUUUAACCGGUGGCGUUCGGCCCGUCAGACCGGACGGAACCGGCCGACCCAAACGUCCAGAACCGGUUCCGGUGCUCAGAAGGAACUGGAGCGGUCCGGAUCAAACUGAUUCUGGGACUUUUUGCUCAUUUUUGUAGUUAAAGUCUUCACAGUGCCUACCAUGUUUUGUAGCUUCUCUCCUGGACCUGUGGGGUCAGAGGUCAUGGGCCGUCUCAGUGCCACAAACCCAGACUGGACCUCACACUGCUGGCAUUUAUUACUAUUGUCCUGUUAUUUUCUACGAUAUCACAGGAGGAUUCUGGGAAACUGGUGGAUCAGAUGGACGUGAGAUAAGCGACACCAUGAGAUGAAUAAUCUGUAAUUUGAUGCUCAGAUUGAUGGCAUCAUGUUGCUACGGCGAUGAGAUUAUUAAAGCCAAAACUGAAAAGGAAAAA